AUGCUGGGGACACAUUUUUGUGGAAUUUUCGGCUACGUGAAUUAUCUCGUAGAGAAGAAUCGGAAGGAGAUUCUCGACACCCUCCUGAAUGGCCUUUCACGUCUAGAUUACCGUGGCUACGACUCGGCCGGACUUGCAAUCGACGGUAACAAGAAGAAGGAGGUUUUCAUCUAUAAGGAAGUUGGGAAGGUCGCAGGGCUGAGAAAGCUCAUUGCGGAGGAGAAGCCCGAUCCCAUCAGGACCUCUGAAUCGCAUGCGGGUAUUGCACAUACUCGUUGGGCGACUCACGGAUCGCCGUCGCGAACCAACUGCCAUCCCCAUAGGUCCGAUCCUACCUCAGAGUUUGUCGUGGUCCACAACGGCAUCACGACAAAUUACAAGGAGCUGAGGGGACUCCUCGCGAGCAAAGGCUUCAAGUUCGAGACCGAUACCGAUACCGAAGCCAUUGCCAAGUUGGCCAAAUACAUUUACGAUGAGGAUCCCACAAUCGAGUUUACUACCCUCACCAAGGCCGUUAUCCAGGAGCUUGAGGGCGCAUUCGGUCUGCUCAUCAAAUCCGUUCACUAUCCUCAUGAAAUUAUCGCCGCCCGUAAGGGCUCCCCGUUGGUUGUUGGGAUUCGGACGCAGGGCAAGAUGAAGGUCGAUUUUGUUGAUGUUGAAACUGCCCAUGAAGAUGUCAUGUCUGCCGAGACUGCACCUCAAAGCCUAGCAGUGGACGAGUCGCGGGGGCUGAGCCAAGGCAGCGCCAUUUCUAGUAACUUGCUCACGCCCCCAGACAAAAAUCUUCUACAUCACUCGCAAUCGAGGGCAUUUUUGUCAGACGACGGGGUACCUAUGCCAGCAGAGUUCUUCCUAUCUUCCGAUCCUGCUGCUGUCAUUGAACACACUAAGAAAGUUCUAUAUCUUGAAGAUGAUGACAUCGCUCACAUCCACGACGGUCAGCUCAACAUUCACCGUAUUUCAAAAGAUCUUGGCACCUCAAAUGUCCGAGCUAUCCAAACUAUUGAAUUUGAACUUCAGGAAAUGAUGAAAGGCAACUUCGACUACUUCAUGCAGAAAGAAAUAUACGAACAACCAGAGUCCAUCGUCAAUGCGAUGCGCGGUCGCCUCAACGUGGAGAAAAGGACCGUUACCCUCGGAGGUCUGCGACAGUAUCUCUCAACCAUCAGACGAUCACGCAGAAUUAUCUUCAUCGCAUGUGGUACCUCGUAUCACUCAUGCGUUGCAGUCCGCGGUAUCUUCGAAGAAUUAACCGAGACACCCAUUGCAGUUGAGCUGGCCUCUGAUUUUCUAGACAGACAAGCCCCCGUAUUUCGCGAUGAUACAUGCGUUUUUGUCUCCCAAUCAGGUGAAACGGCAGACUCGCUCAUGGUGCUGCGGUACUGCCUUAGUCGCGGUGCUCUAACUGUUGGUAUUGUGAACGUCGUUGGGUCCUCAAUCUCCCUCUUAACUCACUGCGGUGUCCACAUCAACGCUGGCCCUGAGAUUGGAGUCGCAUCAACCAAAGCCUACACUUCCCAAUUCGUCUGCAUGGUUGUGUUUGCCUUGGCACUUAGUGAAGAUCGCACAAGCAAGCGUCAGCAAAGUAUCGAUAUCAUGGAGGGACUUGCCAACAUUUCCGACCAGAUCAAAGAGGUAUUAAAGCUUGAUGAAAAAAUCAAGGAACUAUGUAUGAAGUUCAAGGACCAGAAGAGUUUGCUACUUCUCAGUCGUGGUAAUCAGCAUGCCACUGCUCUUGAAGGGGCCCUCAAAAUCAAAGAAAUCUCCUACCUCCACUGCGAAGCCGUUCUUUCCGGCGAGCUCAAGCACGGUGUCCUAGCUCUAGUCGACGAACCACUACCGCUCGUUAUGAUACUGACCCGCGACGACAAUUUCUCCAAGUCGCUAAAUGCCUAUAACCAGGUCGUUGCGCGGAACGGUCGCCCCAUCGUUAUCUGUAAUACUGGUGACCCCGAGUUCCCUAGUGACAAGACCGAUAGGAUUGAUAUCCCUCGCACUGUGGAUGCUCUGCAGGGUCUGCUGAAUGUAAUCCCUCUGCAGUUCAUGGCUUAUUGGCUUGCUGUUGCUGAAGGACCAAAUGUUGAUUUUCCGAGGAAUUUGGCCAAGUCUGUCACUGUUGACUAGGGGGCG